AUGUUGCCCUGGCCCUUUCCACGUUGGGACGCCGGCGAGGAGCAGGCGCCGGAGGAACAGGGCCCCUCGCCGCUCGGUGCCCCCCGCAAGGUGUGGAACUCUGGAGAGAGAGCCCUGGGGGGGCCAGGUACACCCCCACAGCACAGCCCUCAGUUCCCGCCCCGAAGGCCUUCCUGGAUCCGCAGAGAGCAGCUGCGGGCCGCGCCCCGCUCAGGCCGGGUGGCGGAGCAGUACCCAGGAACCCCAGUUCCCUUUUCUCCCCAGAUGGCCUGGGGGAUGGCCCCUUCAAGAAUGACCCUGCUGGCACCAUGGGACCCCAACUACGAGGCUAACGCUGGUUCUCAGCUGGUGUGGGGACCCAGCUGUGCUUCCGGUGCCUCUUUCUCAAGCCGGACUUUGUGUCAUCCCUCCUUCUGGCCGCUGUACGAGGCAGCCUCGGGCAGGGCCCACAGACGCCUGACCUCUGCAGCCGUACAUCAGAACGGGGAGCAGGCGCCCAGGGAUGCAGGAUUCCCGGUGAUGUGCCGCGAAGAUGUCUUCCUUUCAGACCCUCUGCUGCCCCCUGGGCAGCGAGUUCCCCUGCACCUGUCUGAAGCCCCUCAGCAGGUGAUGGGCUCUCUGAAGCUGCUGCUCCCACCCCCGAUCAUGUCCCCCCAGGUCCACCCCUCCCGGUCCCCUGGCUGCUGCACCACCUGGCUCAGUGGACCUGAGCUGAUUGCCCUCACUGGCCUCCUGCAGAUGAGCCAGGGGGAGCCACGACCUAGCUCCUCCUCAGGCUCCUCGGCAGCUCCCACCCCCCCUUCUGGUCCCCUAGACCCUGUCUCUGAUCACGCAGGCCCCAGUGGUUCUCACUGCACCGACCCACCUCUCCCACAGACCCCAGACACCAAUUGUCCAUAG